AUGCUCGGGUGGAAGCGUCAAAUCAAAUCUCGUCCUCGCGCUCCUGCUAUACUAUCAGACAUGCUGCGCUCCAAGAAACCCAAACUAAGGAAAAGCAAAAUGGAGGGACUCCACAAGAAGGGGGCAGGAUACACAGAUUUUGCCUAUCGAGAGGCAGUGUCUAAGCUAAGAUAUCUUCUGGCUGAGUCAUAUACUCCUUCCACAGGGUUCUCAAAAUACUCUUUGGGUCACUACCACCCGUUCCUGCCAGGAGAUGGGAGUAUAAUUCCGUCAACGCCACGACCUGCAAUCGUCCUCAAGAAACCCGAUGCAGAUUCCCAGCCGACUCCAGAGCUAAUGUCUUUUGUCCAGCGCCAAGAGGAGUAUAUAGAGCAAUUGGAGAAAGAAUCGCAAUAUUGUCGGGAAGAGCUAUCAAAUUUAAUGGGCAAAGUGAAGGAAGUAAUAACUGAAAACGAGGGUUUACAUGAGAAACGAAAGGCCGGAAUGUUGCAAUAUUUUUUGGACAGCUUUGAAGAUGACGACGAUGAUGAUGAUGAUGCUAGUUCAGAGGACAAGGUGGAAUCUCGAAGUAGAAAGAAACCGUUGGUGGGACCAAGUAUUAUUUUUGAGUCUCGUAUUAGUGAGUUGGAGGCACAACUGACACAGACAAAGAUGGAUCUCAAGAAGGCGGUGGAAGAAGCAGAAACUCUACGGAAGAAGAUGUCAGAACAAGGACUUUCAUCGAUGUCUUAUCUUCCCCAAGCCCAGGCAUCUGAAUCAGAGCUGUAUAAACAGAUUGAAGCGUUGCAGAGGGAAAGGGAGGAGUUGAAUGAUAUGAUCAACAAACUUCACGGAACUGUGGCUCAACUACGAGAGAAGGAAGCAAACACUUCACAGAAGCUCAAGAGAAGUCUCGACGCUGUGGACCAAGCGCAGUUUGAGAAGAAUCAGUGUGAAAUGGAAAUGCGCCGGCUGAAAAAUGAAUUAGAACGAAUGAACGAGAAACAGCGAGAAAGUCUGGGAGAGCACAAUAGACGAUUGGCUGAGGUGGAAAGACGAUAUACGAACCAAACUGAACAGCUGAGCGCGGACUUGUCUGCCCAAUGGGAGAACUCUACAAAGUUGAGUCUUGACUUGGAGAAACAAAGAAGAACAGAGUCAGAACUUAGAAGAGAGCUUGUCCAACGGAACGCUACAAUUGAUGAACUCAAGAAAGAAUUGAAUACAAAGACCAGCGCACUGCAGAGUGAACUGCUGGCGUCGUCCGCGGACCGAGACAGCCUCGCGCAGGAGGCAGCUAGUCUGCGGCUGGCGGUGGAGAGGGCUGAGCGGACGUCACGACAAGAGACUGCGCGGCUGCAAGCGGAGGUCACCAGUCUACGGCAGCGACUGGACCGGGCGGACGCUGACUUGCUGCAUGCGCGAAAGGAAAACCUGCGGCUCACCGAGCAGAUCGCCUCUCUCGAGAAGGAGCUACACUUGACCAAACUCACUCAUGAUGGUGGAGAAAAUGAGAUAUUGAAGGAUUCUAAGAGAGAGAAAGAGCUAACAUCAAUGAUUCUUGACAUGGACGCCAAGCAUGUCCAAAAUAUCGCAGAGCUUGAGGGUAUGAUUCAGUCGCAGGCACAACUAGUGGACAAACUAAAGGACGAGUGUCAUUCCUUGACUGAGAAACUAGAGGACACAUCGAUGAGGCACAAAGAGACUCGCAACAGUUUGAGAGAGGAGAACGAGAAGCUACUAGGUCGUCUGGCGUCGGUGUGGGAGAGCUGUAAGGAGCUUCACCUGCUGUGCACACAGUACGGACUGGCUGUGCCGUCACUUGGCUACGAGCCUGACCUGCAGAUGACGGAAUGGUGGGGGAAUAUGAACAGUCGCAGUAUGCCGAACAGCCCGCGGAGGGUUGAUGACUUCCCCCUCUCUCUGCAAGAUCUGUCCCUUCCAAAACUAUAUCUAUGAUACUCCCUCCUUACUGUAACUCAAUCGCUUUGUGUCCCCCACUCCCAACCCAGACACUAUAUCUAAAAUUUCCCUUCUUUAUUGUCCCUCUCCCAAAACGUUUUUAGCUUUUGAGGUUCUAUCUCAAACACCCUCUGUUGCUCUAUUCCUUCUUUAUUUUGCUAUUAUCAGAGAUUUUCUCUCUUCUUAAACUGUAUCUCAAACACUCCUUUUCUUCUGUCGCUCUAUGUCUUUAUUUUGCUCUUAUCAGAGAUUUUCUCCCUUCAUUAAACUAUGUUUCAAACCCUCCUUUCCUUCGGUGCUCUAUCCUCCAUUUAUUUUUCUCUUUUUCAUAGAUUUCUCUCUCCUUAAUCUGUAUCAAACACUCCUUUUUCUCUGUCACUCUAUCCUCUCUUUAAUUUUCUUUUCCUCAGAGAGAUCCCCUCCCUUCUUAAACUUUAUCUCACACUCCUUAUUCUCUGUCACUCUAUCCCCACUUUAAUUUUCUUUUCCUCGUUUAUUUUUCUUCAAGUAAUUCUUUUGGGAUUUCUUCCUUUAUGGAAAUAUAUCUCAUAUUAAUCUCUAUCUCAAAAACUUUCUUUCCCUCCGUUGCUCUAUCCUCUUUUUAUUUUUCUCAAAGAGGGAAUUCCCCCUUAUUGAACAUACCAAAUACUCCUUCCCCACUUGUACAUUUCCCCAUUUUAUUUUCCCCUUAAUCAGAAGUUCUAUCUCUAACACUUCUCCUUUCCUAGUUCUAUCCCCUCUUUCCCCCUUCUCAUUUCCUCCCCACUCAUUCACUCAGUAGUUACCAUUUCCCCACUCUUCACGUCCUUCCCAUUAUCGUUCACUUCCUCCUUCCCUACACUUACUCAUGAUUCCAGUGAGGAACCCCUUGAUGUACUUUCUAGUCUAAAGGUAGAACUUAUGUGGAAGUUUUGUUAUACAAUAAAUGUU